CAGCUAUGUAUACCGCUGAUGAAAAUUGGAUCAAAUGAACAGGGGCAUUUGCUUGCUUCUGAUAAGUGUGUGAUCUUUCCCUUCCUUUUCUUCAGAAAGUAUUAAGCUCUGCCACCAUCUCUGAUCCUGCCAUUGCUAAGCCUGCAUCUCAACACGUGAAGCUGUUGGCACUUCCAGCUUUUGGAACCUGGCAAUGAAAGACUUCAUGAGCAAAUUUAGUAAUUGCCUUGACUGGGUCUACACAUAAAAGGAAGCAAGGAAUCUAGGUAAACCUGAGAUGUGGCUCUUUUCUGCAGUAAUAUAUUUCACCUAUGGAAUUCUAAAUGCCCAUGGAUUCUCUGACUCAAAAUAUCCUGUGGAACCCGAAGUGUCGAUGAAUAUUAGUGAGCUCAUCACCUACUGUGGCUACCCCAGUGAGGAAUACUACAUCCCAACUGAAGAUGGUUACAUACUUAACGUCAAUCGAAUUCCCCAUGGUCAAAGACCUCCUGAGGAAAAAGGUGCAAGGCCUGUGGUGUAUUUGCAACAUGCCCUCUUUGCAGAUAACGCCUCCUGGCUCCUGAACCAGCCCAACGGGAGCCUGGGUUUUCUUCUAGCAGAUGCUGGGUACGACGUAUGGAUGGGCAACAGCCGAGGCAACACUUGGUCCAGAAGACACAAGACCCUCUCAGCUGAGCAAGAAGAAUUCUGGGCCUUCAGUUUUGAUGAAAUGGGCAGGUACGACCUCCCAAGUGUGAUCAACUUCAUCGUACAAAAGACUGGGCAAGAGAAGCUGUAUUUUGUCGGCCACUCACUGGGCACUACCAUAGGGUUUAUUGCUUUAGCCACUAGACCAGAAGUGGCCCGAAGAAUCAAAAUGAAUUUUGUCCUGGGUCCAGUGGCUUCAUUCAAAUAUCCCAAGAGUAUCUUUGCCAAUUUCUUUUUCCUUCCGCAGUCGGUCAUCAAGGCUCUUUGGGGAAACAAAGGUUUCCUGUUAGAAGAUUCUGUAAAGAAAAUACCUUCUAUGAAAUUGUGCAACCGGAAAGUCUUCUCCUGGAUAUGUUCUGGGUUUCUCACCUUGUGGGCUGGAUUUGACAUCAAAAAUCUGAAUGUGAGCCGAACUUCUAUCUACUUUUCCCAUUCUCCUUCUGGGACAUCAAUACAAAACAUUUUGCAUUUGAAACAGCUUUUCCGAUCGGACGAGUUCAGAGCUUACGACUGGGGUAGCAAGGACGAGAAUAUGCGUCAUUACAACCAGAGCAUCCCUCCACUCUAUGACUUGACUACCAUCAAGGUGCCCACAGCCAUCUGGGCUGGUGGGAAAGAUCUCCUUGUUGACCUUCGUGAUGUAGCCAUGCUACUCCCCAAAAUCAAGAAUCUCCGUUUCUAUGAGAUGCUGCCAGACUGGAACCAUGUAGACUUCAUCUGGGCCCUUGAUGCACCUGAAAGGGUUUACAGUAAAAUCAUCUCGCUGAUGAGGCAGAACCUAUAAAGAAGGGUCAAUCAUCCUAGAUGUCCACGGCUAAGGAGUCCAUCAGGGGCACAGUCCAUAAGCAAAGAGGCAGACUUUCCUUUCAGCUCCUUCACUUCUUGCUCAGUGCCCACCAAGGUAGCCCAAUGCUACCCAAGUCUCCUUGAGGCCCUGUGUCCUCCUUCCCCCUCCUCUGAACUUCUGCUAUCUUGAAUCUCAUGUAAGAGGCUCUAUGGGAUAGUGGAAAAUCCCAUCUGGGGAUCAAGGAAAAGACAUUUAGCCUCGUCAUUAAAGGAGGGAAGAAGUAAGGAAAAGGGAAGGGAAUGGGUGGGCACUUCUAUAGCAUCUGUGUGGUAUGGCUGAACUGAAAGUCAAGAAGACCCAGUUUAAACCUC